GGGCCGACUCACACAGUGUCUCACGGUUAAACAUAGAGUUCUUGAAUAUCGUUUUAAAUGCGAUUAUAAAAAUAAUGUUGUUUAAACAUUUUAGGUGCUAAGGUUCUUUGAAUAUUAACCAUGGUUUAUAUUGGUUUGAGCAUUGGCACCCUUCUGUCUAAACGUUGAAAUGAUUAGUUAGAGUCCGAGGUGAUUAGGCACCAGGCAGACUCGGAAUUCCACGCUGGUGUCAGACGCCCAUUGCAACAUACAUAAAAGUACGAAAGCGCUGCUUAUGCUUUGGGAAAGCGAAACACUGAUUGCUUUACAGUAAGCGCUCAGUGAGUCAUUGCUUUUGCUGUGGAUUUUUCGUCCAUGUUCAAUCCCAGUCAGUUCAAACAGGUCAGGCGCGGAGCGUGAAUGUUGUGAAGGUACUCUAUUACUCCGGACACGCAAGAAACAGUGUUCCAGCUUUCAUUGUGAAAAGGAAUAUCCCAGUGCUAUUAUUGGCUGUGUUUCAAGUUCCCACGUUUAUAAAACAAGAUUGUUUCAAUCCACCUACUGAUCAUCUCUGUAUCUCGUGAUGGCUUCACCUACCCCCUCCGACUGUGGCACCUUCACCACCUCCAGCUCCUCCGACUACGAGAUGGACUCCGCCUACCACGGCACGCGCUGUGACCUCUGCAGCAACUCCAUCUUCUUACCCAGAAUGCUCAGCUGCCACCACACCCUGUGCCAGCCAUGCAUGGAGCGGGCACUGCACGAGACAGGCGCUGCCCACUGCCCACUCUGUCCACUGGACGUUUACAUCGGCGGCCAUGACGUCACGGGGCUCAAACAACCAACGAGAAGAGACGUCUUUGACGCCUGGUCUCGAGACGCCGACGUCGUUCAUUGCACCGGAUGUAAAAUCAAGGGGGCAGCCGCUUCUGCCAUUUGUUUUGACUGUGGGAACUUCUUGUGCGCAAACUGUAUAAUGGCGCAUCAGUUUAUGAACCGCUUUAAAGGACAUCGUGUUUUAAGCCUUGGAAAUCUACAAAAGAACACCGACGAGGGUUUCAUGGCAGAGAAGCCGGACAUAUGUCCAAGACACGCCAACAACGUGGCUGAUCAUUUCUGCACUUCCUGUGCAAAGCCUUUGUGCAGCGAGUGCAUAUUAGAACACAAUGAAGGUCACGUAUGUAAGCCACUCACUGAUGUAGCAGACGACCACGUGAACUCGUUGCGCCACCUAGUGGCAAAUGCAAGCAGCAAAAUUAAUCACUUGCGGGCCUUAGCCAAACGAGCUGCCUAUAUUUCAUCAACGUUGGCUCAACAGCACAGGAAUUCCAAAUCUGGCAUCAACGAUACCUUCGCCUUCUAUAGCUCCAUGUUAGAUAGACGCAGGACUGAAGCCAUGAUAGAACUUCAUCAGGCGUUCAACACGAAGCAGGUCGCCAUCAGUACCGUGGCCCAGCAGAUUCAGAGUAGCACCCAUACCCUGAACCAAGGCGUGCAGUUCAUUGACAGGGUGCUCUCUCACAGCUCCGUCACGGAAGCCCUGCUGAUGAAGAAAUGCAUAGAAGAACGUUUCCAGAACCUCUUCAACUUCCUACCAAGUCUUCAGAACAGUGGACACUCUGAGAUAAACUUCGUUUCUGAUUGCCAGACAAUCAAAACAGAAGUCCAGGCCAACUUUGGCUACGUUCGACAAGGCUGUGAGAUUCUGCAGCUGCCUUCACAGAAAACGCACUCUGCCGGACGUGUUACACCUAAUCAUAUAUACUAAUUGUUUUAAGUAAUUGUACACCUGUUUGACUGUAUAUAGUGUCAAGGCCUUGUUUUUUACACACGAGCACCAGUCACUUGCCUUGUUAUAAGUUGCAAAGGUUUUAAUUGCAGGUCAUUAAAUUAGUCCUCAGUAAUGACCUCUAUAUAGAUAAAUGUAGAUAUAUACGGAACAAAACAAGUUAAGUUUCAUGAAUAUUUUGUUGGAAUAUUUUUGUAGUGAAGACUUGGCAUAGAAUUUCAUACAAAUAUUCCCAAGAGUAUCACGACUCCUAACAUUUUUGUUCACUAUAUUAAUGUUCGUUACAAAUGGAUCAAUCCACAGGUCUUUACAACCUUUGUGAUGACAGUGGUUGUUUAAAAUGUCUCGCUGCAGUUAUUUCUUCAUUUGUUUAUUUCUGUUUAUUUUUUGUUGACAGUUGUGCUAUUUAUGCAUUGCCUUGUUUGUAUGAUCACAUGGAUUAUGUUUGACUUUUUAUCCAAAUGUCAUGGAGCUAUUGUAUUUUAAUAUGACCAGUAUUGUACCUUCUUGUUUAAACCAGCAAUAACAUUUUCUUGACGUGGGCGUGCUGUUUAUAACGACUUUCCUACACAUUUGAAUUUUAUUGUUUUUAUCUUGAAAAUAUUUGUUUUAGAAAUGGCUUAGACUUGAUCUUGAAUGUGAAUAAAUAUCUCAAUGUACA